AAUCCAGCAUGUCCUCUAGCGGUUAGUGGGAUCGCUAGUUAACUGCGCCUGUUCCAUGGCAACAAACGGCAAGUUUCACAUGCGGGAAAACGAGCUGGCAAAAAUAUGAUACUGAUUUUUUUGUGGCCGGUUUAUAUGUAGCUAGUUGAAAUAGCUUUAAUAAUGACUUCAAAUAUACCAGCGAGAAGACUUUUCCCUAUUCCAUAAAAAAUAUGGCAGUAUAAUUAUAAAAUAUGAGCACAGGUUGCUGGGUAAAUAGCACAUCUAAAUAUUUGACUGACACCUUGUUUUAUUUGAGUAUUCCAUGCUCCAUUUGUUGAUUUUAAGGUCUCUUUAAAUAGAAAGUGCAGUUAAUCAUGGAUUCAAUCCCCCUUAGGAUUUCUACAGUACUGCCACUGUAACCUUACUAGUGAAAAUAGUUUUCUCACACUUUAGUACUAUUCUUAAUGCUCGUAUUUACAUUAGGACUCCAGUAUACUAUACUAUAAGGUUUGUACAAAAUGGAUACUUCCAGCUAUAAAGAACAAUGUCCGUAUUGUGGAAAGCCCUUCAAGAGGCUGAAAACUCACAUUCCUCAUUGCAAAAUGGCACCAGCUGCUCAAUCCCAAAAAAGCAUUCAAGCACCCAAAGAACUGAUUGCAACCACUUCUAGACAGAAGAUCCCUAAAAAGUCAGCAGCGGCAGAGACAAUUGUGAUCUUUAAUGAGACGCAACCCUCUAAAAGCAGGAGGAAAGGAGAUCUUCACAAUGCAGAAAGUCCUCUCUCGUCUACUAAGGUCAAAGUCUCAUCAUCUGAAACUCUGGACACGGAGAGGCCUAAAAGCAAAUGGCUGGCUAAAAGACAGAAGGAACUUGAGAGAUUACAGCUGUUAGUGCCAGACUCACAGAAGCAAAGCAAACCAACCUCAUUAUCAGAGCAUGCAGGAGAUAAAAGCUUUUGUGAGAUCUCCAAAGGACCAGAUCAGGGAACGUCUCAAACUAAUGGAAAAAGUACUAGAGGCAAAAAGAAGCUAAAGACGGCGCAAUUAUCAGAGCAGCUGUCCAUCACCAAGGGUAAAAUCAAUAGUGCUGGGUCUGUGCCAGCCAUUUUGAAAACCUCUAAUCUUCCACGUGAGUGCAGUGUGGAGUAUGAAAAUCCAAAACUAAAAACAAGAGUAAAUUUCUUGGAGAAGAUUGAAAGAUGCGCAAACAGCCAGAAUAAAGAUUUUGAUCUAAUAUCAGGAGCAAGAGAGCAUAAAGCCCUUACGAUUUCUACAUCUAAAACUUCAGUGUGGGACCACAUCAGUUACAGUUUGUAUUACAAGAGGUCUUUUAAUCUGUUUGUGCCUUAUCCUGUUCUUGAAACAUCCAAAGAUUCUGCUGUGGAGACCAAAGAGAUUCCUACCCUGCAACAAUCAAAGAAGCUUGACACAGCAGUAUUCAAGGUUUCCGUUGCACCCUCACCUAUUUCAUCUGAAACCUCCAUUCGACAACCUGCAGAAGACACUCUUAACUCAAGACUGCAAGGUGUCAGAAGUUUAUCAUGGGCUCCUGAGAUAAAGACUGAUUGUAGCAGAAUACAGUUCUCCACAGUGCCUUUAGGCUGCUGCGCUAAUGAAGAUAUUUGGAUGAAGGAUCAGCUUUCUGGGCCAUCCACCUCAUGCAAAGUGCCUCUUGUUCAGCGGAAAUUUGGAGAUGUCCGAUUGAAUGAACUUGGUUUAUGGCUUGGCGCCCGAGCUCCUGUGUCACCCGGAGAAAUUGUGAACAUGUUUAAGCGAGGUUGGCAGUGGUACUACAGGAAGUAUAUAGAUGUUCGUAGAGGAGGAGUUGGAGGAAUAUCAAUGCUUUUGACCGGAUACUGUGUCCUGUGUUACGUAUGGAACUACGCACAUUUAAAGAAAGACCGUUGGAGGAAGUACCAUUAAGGACUUUUUUUGUGGGCCUCAAAAUUGUUGCACACUUUGGAGAAGCAGUUUUGCGUUCAGGGAUUUGAGGUCACAGUAAGAGUAAUAUUUUAUAUGUCAAGAUUAUAACACUAGGACCUAGUAGUUUACUGCAGUUUGAGGUUUGCUGUUUGCAUUUGUUUUAUCAAGGUACUUUUUAUUAGAUACAGAAAGGUUAAUUUUUAAGCCCAGUUUAUGCUUGAUUAAUCUUGGUAUAUUUCAUGUUACUAAACAAAUGUGUGUGUGUGUG